AUGGCGAGCCAAAAGACGGCGGUGCUUGAUGAUAAAUCGUGGAGAAAGUGGAAAGGAAGUGGAAAUGCUCUUCUCUUCCCGCCGCCAAGAGUCACAGGCGGACACAGGCGGUGGUUUCUUGAGCUCCACGGACUGACCAAUGAGAGGCAGACUUCUCGACGCAGAGAUGCCAAGAGCUGCCAGGGCCUGGAGCUUCCAGCCAAUCCAUCACCAGCAAAGCAACAUGGCGGCGCUUAUUCCAGACCACAGCGUUCCUCGGCUGCGCCAAACCUUCUCCACGACGGCGCUUUGCUCGACGACGACAGCUCCUUCGAAGACGAAGCAGACAUGGGUAGACGCAGGUCCAGAUGA